UGCCGUGACGUCAAGACGAAAUGAAUAUUGACGCUUGGGCCAAGGGCCGUGAUGAAAUUGAAUUCAACGCUGGGCUCUUCAGUCUGUCUCUCUCUUUCUCCUGUUUUAUUUUUUUCGGUUCGUGGGUGGCGGAUUUUAAGACCGGCGGUACACCUUUUUUGCAGUCGGCUGCCUACGCGCCUGCCGGUUUUUCUGUCUGCUGCUGUCGUCUCUGUAACAGCAGGUUGUUUUUGGUGAUUCCUCUCGGCGGGGCUCGGCACGGUUUGUUUGCAGUGGAGGAGAGACCGAUAACACAGUGGAACCCAAACGAAAUGCCUUGAGGAGAGGAAGGAUAUUGGAAACUUCAGAGGUGAUUGCCGUUCUGUGACCACAUCUUCCAGUUGGCUGGUUUUCAAGUGGAGCACCUAAGGGCAUCAGUUAACACCACCAGUGCGCUCAAAGUACGUAACGGGCUCCGCUUUGGUGUUGCAGCAGACCGGGCCAUUGAUGCAAAACAGUGAUUGGUCGUUACUUUGGCAGUGUUGAAGUCGAGUCCAUCGCGAGUCCCUUCACAAGAGCAACCCCAAAAAGUUUCAACAAGUUUCAAGACAUUGUUGGAUCUGAGGCAUACCCCCCGUUUUUAGUUUCAAUUUCCCCCCCCCCCCGAGAAUCGGUCCUUCCGGCUCGAGCAAGAAUCCAAGAUGGCAGUGCACUGGGGAGGGGUGAUCGCUAUUAUUGUCUUCUACCUGCUCAUCCUGGGCGUGGGACUCUGGGCGGCCCGCAAGAGCAAGGGAAAAAAUGACUCGGAGGAUGUGAUGCUGGCCGGCAGGAACAUCGGCCUCUUUGUGGGCAUCUUUACCAUGACAGCUACAUGGGUGGGAGGAGGUUACAUCAAUGGAACAGCCGAGUAUGUUUUCAGACCAGACUAUGGGUUGCUAUGGACACAGGCCCCAUGGGGAUAUGCUGCGAGCCUUAUUCUAGGCGGCCUGCUCUUUGCCAAAGCCAUGCGGUCGCAGGGCUACAUCACCAUGCUGGAUCCCUUUCAGCUCAAGUACGGCUCCCGCAUGGGCGGACUGCUCUUCAUCCCCGCCCUGACGGGAGAGCUCUUUUGGACAGCUGCCAUAUUGAACGCCCUAGGGGCCACUAUUAGCGUGGUGCUCGAACUGCCAAUGAGCAUAUCGGUCAUCGUGUCGGCCUGCAUCGCUGUCUUCUACACUUUCUUUGGCGGGCUGUACUCGGUGGCCUACACUGAUGUGGUCCAGCUCAUUUGCAUAUUCAUUGGUCUGUGGAUCUGCAUUCCUUUUGCUCUGACCAACGAAGCAGUGGAGCCAAUCGGAUUGACCUCUACGAGGUGGCUGGGUACCUGGGAUCCGUCCUUUGCUGGAGUGUGGGUUGAUUCGGCCCUGCUCCUUAUAUUCGGAGGGAUCCCCUGGCAGGUGUAUUUCCAACGGGUGCUCUCCUCCAAGACGGCCGAGCGGGCCCAGGCCUUGUCCUUCGUCGCGGCCAUUGGCUGCAUCCUGAUGGCCAUCCCUUCUAUUCUCAUUGGUGCUAUCGGAGCCAGCACAAGCUGGAACGCCACCACUCUCAACCUGGAGGUGACUGACCCUUACAACCAGACCAGCCUCUUGCUGCCUUUGGUCAUUCAGUAUCUCACCCCGCAGGUGGUCUCCUUCAUCGGUCUCGGGGCCGUGUCGGCGGCCGUCAUGUCGUCGGCCGAUUCUUCCAUCCUGUCCGCCAGCUCCAUGUUCACCCGCAACAUCUACAAGCUAGUCUUCCGCCAGAAGGCUGGUGAAAUUGAGCUGUUGUGGGUGAUGCGCAUCGGUAUCAUCGCUGUGGGUAUUGUGGCAACAAUACUAGGUCUCAUCAUCACCUCCGUCUACGACCUUUGGUUCCUCUGUUCUGAUUUUGUUUAUGUCGUGUUGUUCCCGCAGCUCUUCUGCGUGGUGUAUUUCUCCAAGUGCAAUACGUAUGGCUCUUUUCUGGGCUACAUAAUAGCUCUCAUAUUACGCCUGGGAGGGGGUGACGGCGUGCUAGGUAUACCCCCGUUCAUCAAGUAUCCUUAUUACAGCGCCGAGAGCGGACAGCUGUUCCCUUUCAAGACGUUAGCCAUGCUGGUCUCGCUGUUGACGGUCGUGCUGGUGUCGUACCUCCUGGACUGGCUCUUCCGAAGCGAGACUGUCCCCAAGAGGUUUGAUGUCUUCCGGUGUGUGGUGAACCUGCCGGCGGGCGAGGACCAGGAGAAGUACGACAACGUGGAUGGAGAGAAGCUGCAGCUGCGCAAGCUGGACCCCAUGGGCCUUCCGGCGGCCGAGGGUACCACGUCGGUCACACCGCUACAGCGGGAGAAGCUGCUGGACAUCACGCGGGGGAUCAUGCCCGAGUCGGCCUCCAUGGAGCCGCUGAAGGAGGACGAGGCGUCCAGCCCCUCCGACGAAGACCGGCCUCUGGCCGACCAAGAGCAAUAGUGCCCCCUCCCCAGCUGUAAUGAUCUGGGAUCGUAUUAUGCAAUAUGUUUCAAUAUUGCACAAGAGCGUCUCAAAAGUUGGGCUGCUGGAACACAUUUCCAGAACAUCACUGUUUCCAAUCUGGGACGCCCGCCGUUCCAAUGGGAACAACGUUUGUUCCCAUGUGGGAACAGUGGUCGUUGCUUUUACCGUAAUUACUUUGGGGUCUGCCUGUUUCAUUAAGGAAUACAGCAAACUCUCCAAAGGAAUUCGCACUGUUCCCAAACGGCACAUUCCCUCAGGAGCAGGAACUUCCAAAUGUCGAUAAGUUCCCCUUCCAAAGUUUGAGACGUUCCCGUGGUGUUGGCCAAUUUCAAUCCUCACAAUGCAAUAUCAGUUUAGUGGUCAAGAUGCAAAGGCCCCAACCACGUGUGACGUCAUCUGACAAAAUCAGUCCCAGGAAAACUGUACAAUUUCUUCUAAUUGGUAUGUGUAGUUGUAGAGAGCUGUGAGAUCUCUCGUUUACUGUUAGACACGGGGUGUUGAUUCUACCUGAAAAAACAGACGUUAUUGGGUGAUUUAGACCCUCUUUUCCAAGAAUUGUUUUAUCUUGGAACCUGUUUUUUAAGGUGAUAUGAAAUUUGUUCUGUGAAAAAAAAUCUCUCCCCACAUUCCUUCCAGUUGUACAGAUAAAGUGGGAUUUAUCUCGCUGAAUUUCCUCCUUGUCAUGAGAAGUUGAAAUUUCCUAUCAGGUUCGUGAUGUACAUAUCCCGUUGUGUUGUAUGCUCUUGUACUCGGUCAAGUCGAGUCUCCAGUUUGUAGAACAAGUUUUAAAAUGGAAAAAACAAUGGGGGGGGAAUGCGAUUGGAAUCAUUUCGUCUGGAAUAAGUUGCCCUUUUCCACUUUAAAAAUGUUCACAUUUCUAACACAUUUUUUCAGAUGAACACACCAUUUUCCGGCACUUUUCCUUUACCCAUAUGAAAUGUCCUUACAACCUUCAAAAUACGGUUUUCAAAUUUCAAGAGAAAAUGUUUCCAGUGAAGACAAAAUGUUUCCAAUCACCUUCUGUAGAUUUAAAAAAUGGUUGAACAUAUUGGAUGAGAAUAGACCAGGCAAGUGUUAUGGAUAGAAAGCGUGGAAUUGCUCGAACAAAAAUUACCAUCAAGUUGCAAAACCCAACUUGUGUGAAAUUUUGCCGACACUUCCCAAAUGUGACAUCCAAUGUUGUCUAUGUGGAUUUGCCGAGUUAUAAGAAAACUGAUAAGUAGUGACUGAGUGUUUUCAACGUUAAACAAGAUCCGGCAGUUUUCCCAACAGAUAAAAGCAAUAGUUGGCCCUUGAAUCUUUGUGGGGGCUCAUCAAAUAUAUAUUUGCAAGACCAGAUGAAUAUUUCUACUAUGUCCCUUUCUUUCUCUGUGUAUCCGCCUUCUUGCGGUGGAUUUUUGUUUUCAUGACGGAAACCAAGCUGGCUUUCACUGAGGCACGAUGGUUGAGUUCGUGCUCAACGAGUGUAAUUGGCAAUAUCUGAAUUAGAGUAGAGUGUAAAUGUGGUUGAAUGUACGAGGAGUAUGCAUGUAUGGCGGGUUCGUUCGUACCCUUCAGACUGGGUUUUUGAAUUUGUGAAACUUUGAUCUAUCAACCCGUCCCCCUCCAGCCAUUAUGUUACAGGAAAGUGUGAACAGGCCUUUAGAAUACCCAUAGUAACAGAUGAAUAUGUCACAUGUUAAAAGUUAAGGUGAAUGUUUUGUUUGUUUGUUUUGUUUGUUCGUUUUUUAAUGAAAAAUCCAUGAUAGUGUGUACAUCGCAAACUGUUUUGUUCAAUCUGUCGGUAUCUGUUCUUGUUUGUGCGUGACUUAUUGUCAACCUGAAAGUGGCAGUUUGAAAAAAAAAUGACAGGACUUCGCCGCUACAUUGCCAAGGCAUCUUUGCGCGUCAUCGUUACAGGUUGAGAAAAUAAUGCAAAAUGCCUUUUGCUGAAACGAAAACACCGUUUGAGAAAAGUACUUUGGGCUGGCGUGUCCGUUUUCAUAUUUUCGGUGCUGUUCAGAGCCUGGACCUUAACCAACAAAGGGCACAAUUUUCCUUUGGCCGGAACUGCACUUCGCUGGUUCACAAAUGACUAUCAAAUACACGCUUUACGGUCGCGUCACUACCAGCAAAACGAACAUUCCCGACUAACCUAGUUCUUUUCAACCAAUUAGGGGAUGCUUCUGCUCAAGGGAGACACUGUAACUCAGUCCAACUAGUGCAUCAUAUUUUUAUAACUCAAGAUAUUCACGUGCGUUUUGCAAACGAUGACCAGUUUUCCUCUAAACUUGAAUAUAUGCAAGGGUUGUGGAAAAAUAGUAAAUUUACUUGAAAUAGAAUUUUCUUUCAGUUGUUUUAGUUAGGCACGGGUUUUCACAGACUGUUUUGAAGACAGUGCCCACAGGUUAAUGGGUGUCGCAGGUUGCCUCCCCUUCCUUCUAAAGAACAAGAGAAAGAAAUGAACAGAGACGAAAGGGGAUAACAAUCACCAGUUUGCUUAUAAGAAAACGACACUUUCCCACUGUUAAUUGGUCACAGGUUUUUUUUAGCUGAAAGGUCUUUGCCCCCACCCGGAUAUUCAACCCAGGAAAAAAAGUGGUCUGCACCCUCCCCCCCCCCGGAAAAUUCUUGGCGACAUCCAAGCACCCGUUUAGUAUUCAGUGACCAGCAGGAUUACAUCACCGUGAAAAGCCACGCCCACUGUUUGUCUGGCAUAUCUACGGCUGCUGUCAGGACUCCUUGGCCAUCGACAAAUAAGUACCUUGGCCAUUGACAAGCAUGUAUGUAACAUUAACAGGAGCACAUUAACUGUGGACAGUCAAAUAAAUUUAUUUUUUUGAAACACCAAAAUAAUCCUAAUCAGAGAGGAAUUUGUGUAUAUUUGUGAUCAAUCAGUUUCACUUUUUACCAUUCAAUAUACAUUCCCAUUUUACUUAACGCAUAGUUGUUUUUAAAUACACUCUAAAUUAGUAUUAUUCAAUGCACAUAUAAAUUGUUGUUUGCGUUUAGUUCAGUGACUGGUGUUUUUGUUCUUCAGUGUGGUAUGGUGUCUGAGUUCGUAAUUUAGGGCGAGUCCAGCAUUAAUGCGAUUUUGUUUUGCUCCCUUCCCACAGUGAACCUUUUGAAAAAUUCAGUUUCAAAGAAAUAACAAUGUUGGUUAUCAGUUUAUCUGCAAAUCCAUUGUACAUACCCUGCUUAUUAAAGUAAAUUUGUUGUUUGUUUUGUUGCCUGAACAGUUUGGCCCUGAGGGAAGUUAAGAAAAUCUCCAUGUAUCAGUAUCGUUGAAGCAUGUCUGAUCAUUUGUAUUUCUGCCCUUUAAAUCGCCUUGCAGUAUUCUUGGUAAAAUGACCGUUUUUUCUCACUUGAAUGGAGAAGCAUUGAAUGAUACUUACGGUCGGAGUUGCUCUGUUGCUUUUAGUGAGCCAGCUCGGUCAUGUAACGGCGCAUGCCCAAACGGAAGCGCGUCAGAGGUAUUCGGGAACAGCAGUGCGCAUUAGAGCUGUGCCCUAUCAGCAUGGCACACUCGGACGCGCUUCAUUUUGAGUAGGUCUAUAAGCUGUUGGAAUACCGAGCACACUCAUUGAACUGGCUCAUUUUGCUGAUUUGUCUUCGGAGCAGCUUUGUCAGCCAGCCUGCAAUUUUUUUAUUUAGUUUUUUUUUCACAAGUUCAGGAAAACUCAACUUGAAUAAAGGCUAUGUACGGGGCUCAGGAAGUGCCACCUGAAUUGUUGAGAUCCUGACAGUUUUUCUCGGGUUGUUAGAAUGACGACAUCGUACACAAGAUGUCGACUUCCUGGGAUAAUUUAUCAAGGGGAUGACGACAUCGUAAUUGUGCAAUACAUUUUAGUGCACUGAGCUCUAAAAGUGCCAUUUUACGUGUCUAGAUCCUGACAUAUUUUACCUCAGGCUGUCGACGCCCAACUUUAACGAUGUCUUCAUCCUGUGAUGAAUUACAUUGGGAUGUCGACAUCUUGCCAGUAUUAUGUCAUCAUCCGGAGAAAAGUGUCAAGAUCUCAACAAAUCAGAUGGCACUUCCAGAACCCCGUAGUUGUGCGCUGUAAAAACGCUGGAAAAAUUUUGCCCAACGUUUGGUACCAGGUAAAUCGCUUAACUGUUGGGCGAAAGGAGCAACCGUUGGGUCAAGAGACAAGUUUGCCAAUAAAUCAGGAGAGAAUGAACGCGGUUGGGUAAUCUGUUUGCCGGACAGUCAGGCGAUUCACCUGGUACCCGACAUUGGGCAAAAACUGCCCAGCGUUUUUACAGUGAGUACCUGUAAUAACUUCAGGGGGAAAAAACGCAGCCGGCGUAGUUUGUGUGAUGGCGACCAGCUGCAUUCAGAACUGUACAUAUGAAAUAAAUAUUCAGAGUUAUAAAGGGAAAAUAUUAAUCAACUUGUGUCAAAAUAGAAUUCAGAAAUAUAUGUUAGUAAUUUUGUUGUAUGACGAAGGCCAAUAAUUUUAUUCGGGCUGUGCACUCUUAUUCUGUCUUUGAAUGCUAUAGCAAAGGACCGGCUGUAUGGAAUAGACCUAUCGGGGUGGCUCUGUGCAUAUUUGUGACCCACUCUGCGAAAAAGGGUAUUAAGGGACACUGUGCUUUUUCACACCUUGGGCUUUCGUAAGUGGACAGGGUGAUUUUUACUUCUUGGUUCAUUGGUAUCUAUCAUGUCAAUACUUUCACGAUACCAGAAACCUAACUGUUGCUGUGGGUAUUAAGAGACUUCCUUCUUGGCUGAUUUCUUUUUCCGCUUCCUGUGUUUAAAGAGCUUUAAUCUCUGGAAUCAAUUCUGUUAACGUGUAUGAUAUGAUUAUGCACAAAUCACUGUAUCUCCAGAUUACAAAAUGCCACAGGGUUCAAACCUA